AUGGUGUCGUUCCAAUGCGAGGCGUGCGGCGAUGUCCUCACCAAGAAGAAGCUGGAUCCUCAUCGCGGUCGAUGUCGCGGCGCCUCAUUCACCUGCAUUGAUUGCAUGGUCCACUUCCAGGGCACCGAUUACAGAGCACAUACGAUUCCAUUGGAUGAGGCUAACGAUCCUUCUUUGGCGCAGUCGUGCAUGACGGAGGAGCAGAAGUAUAUGGGCGCCCUAUAUAAGGAGAAACAGUCGAAGCAGCAGAAGAAAGCGGCGAACAACUCCAACGCCGCCAAAGCGAAGAACGACGACCAAAACUCCAAGAACAACAAGCCUCGCCACCCAUACGUGGAAGACGCACCUGAUGCAGACGAUCCCAAAUCGAAGCAACCACCUCCGCCGGCACCGAGUCCUCCGCCUGCGGCGACGGCUGCACCUCCGCAAACAACAGUGCCUGCCCCCGGAAACGAGAAUAACAACAGCAGCAGCAACAGCAACAACGACAAUAACACCACUACUAAUAAAGUCAACGUAUUCGACUAUCUCGUCACGGACGAAACCCCCAACGCGUCUCGAGUGUCGCUGGGUGCACCCAAGGAGCAGAUGAAAAUGGUCGCCAACGCGCCGUCCGUCUUCGAGCCGAGCAGGGCUCUGGCCCGAGUCGACACCGACGUGGACGACGAAGAGAAGGAAUACGACAUCGCGUACGAGGAGAAUGGUUUCUCUUAUGGCGCAGAACCCAUCAAGCCGUCUGUAUAUCCAAACCAGGCCUCCAAUGUGUCCAUGGAUUUCAUGACCCCGGCGCCAAAGAAGUCCAAGGAUCGGAGCCGUCGCAAGAAGGAUGAGGGACGCAGCUCGCCGGACCCGGGUGAGAAGAACGGGAUGAGUGCGACAACCAGCGAGAAGAAACGGAAGCGCGGCCGUGUGGAGGAUCUCGACGUUGCUGCUGCCAACGCGCGGUACGAGGAGGACACGCCCAUGGUGGAUGCCCCGUCCAGCGUGGCGAACAACGCGGGUACGCCGACUCUGAACCACUCCGGCCUGACCGGAGGCUUGGAUCGGAUGCUUCGCGACGACCGGAGGUCGAUGUCCCCCGAGUACGAAGACUAUACCGAUGACGAGCAAGAUCCCCGCCGGUACCAGGACCCGCAAUCGCCGCUCAAACGCACGCGCCGGGGAGAGAAGGCAAGCAACGGCGACAAUGGACUGGGGAUCUCGAUCAAGGGUCGUGCGGGCCGCAUUAUUUCGAUGCUUGGGGGGUCGGCGUUGUCUGGCAGCAACGGCAGCACUACGGAGGCGACAUCCAAGGCGCUCGUCCGGACGCGGCGCAGCUCGUCGGAGGCAGACGGGCAGCACGGAGGUGCAGUGGUGCAUAUUCGGAAGUCCAAGAAGGCGCCUCGCGUGCGGCAUGUCAGCAACGGCACGUCGGAAUCGCGCAAGUCGAAGCGGAAGAUCAGCAGCGGGGACGGCCACCAUGAGCAGGGCCGACCGUCGCGACGGCUGAAGGCUAUAGAAUAUCAACCUCGCGACUCGGAGGGCUCGCCGGGGGGAGACGACAACCGCAAGCUCGUCAUCUACCGACACAGCAAGAUGACGGAUGAGGAGAUCCAGCGGGAGAAGGCGAGCCACUUCCUGUCGCUGGUGACUAAGGGGCCAGAGAGUCGACGGGGCUGCUCGGUCCACAAGGCGCUGAAGCGAUUCCACCGGGCCUACCCGUCAGUGGCAGACUCGGACGAUUGCGACGACGACCGACGAGGCCGAGGCCGGAGCCGGUCCGACAAGGAACGUCGGUACGAGGAGGAGAAGGAGUUGUGGCGGACUCUUCGGCUGAAGAGGAACGACAGGGGGGAGGUGGUAGUUUUCUUCUGA